CGGGGUGGCCGUCAGAAGCCCUUGGGACCCCGCCUGGACUUUCCCACCGAGGAGGCUGUUGGGACCCCCAGGCACUCGAGCCCGCGCACCAGCAGCGAUGAGAACGCGCCCGGCCGGCCCGCGCUAGAGGCGGGCGGGAAAGCGCCGCGGUCACCCGUCCCCUACUUUCCCGCUUCUCCGACCGUAGCAAGAGGCCUGUGCCGGGUGGGGUAAGGAGCGUCCAGCCCCUGGACCCGAGUCUAGGCCGGCCAGCGGACACUACCAAGCGGCAGGUGGCUCCCGGGACAGCGCCGCAGCUCCGCGCUCCCGCCCCCCGGGCCGGACGUGGCGCCUCCCCCGCGGCGGCCGGAGUCUGGAGGUGGGGUCGGGAGCCCGAGCCCGGGGCUCUGAUGUCACUGCGCGGCCGCGGGCGCCCAAGAGCGCGUCUCGGGCUGGAGCUCAGAUCGCUCGGUCCUCUGCUCGCGUUCUGAGUCCUCCUUCCCGAUGGAAAACCCAACAGGAAAGGCCAAGAAAUGCGCCGGCCAGCGGCCAUCCGCUCUCCCUGCGUCCCCAAGGCCCCGCUCUCCUGCCGCACCUCGUGAUUUUGUCGCCCCCUGUGGCCUCCAGGACUGCGCCUUUCUCAUCUCUGGCGCGCCUGGAUUUUCAGAGUUUGAAGCCCCAGGCCCCUCGGAGUUAGCCAGUUAGCCUACCCGCCCGCCUGCGGCCCGCGGCCCCCGUCCGGCCCUCCGCUCUCGUCCGUGCAGCCAUGGAGGCCCUGGGUCCCGGAGGUGACCGCGCCUCCCCAGCCUCGUCCACUCGCAGCCUGGACUUACGGCGGCUGUCCGCGCGCGCCGACUCGGCCUACAGCUCUUUCUCCGCUGCCUCCGGCGGUGCCGAGCCUCGCACGCCGUCGCCGGGGUCCCACCAGCUUCCUUACCUGGACUGGGACUACGUGCGCGUGGUGUGGGGCGGCCCUCGCACCUCCCCGCAGCCCCCGCCCGCGGCCGCCGCACGCAGUGGGCCGCGUCCCCCCGAGGUCCAGGGGACCCCGGGGCCGCUCAGCCGGCAGGCCACCCCGCUGCUGUACGCACUGGCGGCCGAGGCGGAGGCCGCGGCGCGGGCUGCCGAGCCGCCCAGUCCACCGGCCUCGCGGGCGGCCUACCGCCAGCGGCUGCAGGGCGCGCAGCGGCGAGUGCUCCGGGAGACAUCCUUCCAGCGCAAGGAGCUCCGCAUGAGCCUACCCGCCCGCCUGCGGCCCGCGGCCCCCGUCCGGCCCCCCGCCGCGCAAACGCGCUCCGCCUCGCUCAGCCACCCGGGCGGGGAAGUGGAGCCGGCGCGCCCCGGGGCUUCCGUGCCGGGAACCGUGGGCCAGGGACGUUUAGCCAGUCAGCAGCGGAAGUGGUGCUUCUCCGAGCCAGGGAAGCUGGAUCGCGUGGGUCGGGGAGGUGGGUUGGCGGAGCAAUGCUCCGGAGAGGUCUGCUCCAGCUCUGGCCUCGCCAGGCCCGAGCUCCAGGAAUGGCAGCAGCGGACGCUGGCAGAGUUUGAAGGUCACCAGAUCAGAUGGCUGCCUGUGACCCAGCCCCGAGGCAUAAAGGACCUGAAACCCUGGUCCUUGAAGUUCGACAACGCCUACAGGUUGGCCAGGCGGGGUCGUAGCGCUUCUGGCGAAGUCUUGACUCCCUGGGGAAGUCCAGGAGGGGUCAAGUCCACUGCCCAGGCUGUUCCCCAAGGAGCAGAAACCCCUAGACCAUCGUUUCAGACCAGACUUCCCAGGUUCCCGACUCUGAAGGAAGCUGCAGUGGUGUGUCCUGCAGAGGGACUCCAGAGCAGUCCCUCUGACUGUGAGCAGAGGGCCUCAGGGAUCUACAUUGUGUCUGCCCGGCUCCCAUCCCUUCCUGAUGAUGAAGUUUUCCUGGAAGAAGCCCCAAUGGUCAGAAUGAGGUCACCUCCAGACUCCCAUGGUCCCCCAGGGCUCCCAACCAGUGUCCAUGCCUCUAACCAGAAGUACGGGGCUGGCUUGGGCCAAAGGGCUGACCAGACUAUAAUCCCACCACAGCAGCCCCUCCAUGAGUGCCCAGAGACUGCAGGGACAGAUGACUGCUGGCAGGGGGUAAAUGGUUCUGUGGGUGUCUCCAGGCCUACAUGCUGUAGCCCCCCUAACACUGCAAAUGGUGACAUCCCAACCAUUGACCCUACUGAACUGCUGACCACUGACUCCCCAACAGCUGCAGAGACUGACCCCUUCAAACCUCUCCCAGUUGAUACCCUGGGACCUUCAGGCAAUGACACCCCAGGGCCUCCUGACCACACUGCCCUGGCUUGGGCCACUGGCCAGCCUUAUUCCAGGCCAACAUGGCCCGGUCCACGCCUCGAGGAGCUGGUUCAGGAGCUGGCUAGAUUGGAUCCCUCUCUGAGCGACACUCUAACCUCCUAUCCCAGCCCAGAGCCAUCCCUGGGCCUGCUGGAUGGGCUGAUUCCUUUAGCUGAGGUCUGGGCUGCAAUGAGGCCAGCCUGUGGAGAAGAUGGAGAGGAGGCUUCUGGUACUUCUAAGCCAGGGUCCUAUCUACUUAACUCCACCCAGGGCCUGCCAACUUCUCAGGAGGAGACAAAGCCUGGAAACCUUAACACCCACGCUGUGCCAGACCAGCCAUGUGGCCAGGGUCUGCCUGAGCCAAAUAACAGCAUCCAAGCCAAGAAAGUGGAGCUGGCCGACCUCCUCCAAAAGAUGCUCCGGGACCUUCAAGAGGAGCAGGAGCGACUGCAGGAGGCGGCCCAAGCCUGGGCCAGGCGCGGGGCUGCUCUGGAGGCCGCGGUGGGCCGGGCCUGUGCACCCCACGUGCUCGAGCGCUUCAGCCGGUUCAUGGUCGACCUAGAGCGAGUGCUUGGCCUCCUGCUGCUGCUGGGCAGUCGCCUGGCCCGCGUGCGCCGCGCCCUGGCCCGGGCGGGCGCAGACGGCGACCCUGAUGAGCAGGCCUCUCUGCUGCAGCGCCUCGGGCUCCUGCAGCGGCAGCAGGAAGACGCCAAGGAGCUGAAGCAGCACGUGGCGCGGCGCGAGCGGGCCCUGCGGGAGGUGCUGGUGCGCGCACUGCCCGCCGAGGAGCUGCGCGCCUACUGUUCCCUGCUGGCCGGCAAGGCCGCCGUCCUGGCCCAGCAGCGCAGCCUAGAUGAGCGGGUCCGCCUUCUUCAGGACCAGCUGGACGCCGUCAGGGGAGACCUUGGCGGUCAUCCCCCGCCUCCCAGGCCGGCCUGGUCCCCAGGGACCUGUCCUCCGAAUAAACUGCCCUUCCCUCCUCUCCUCAUCUAGUUACAGGCUGUGGGGACGGGGAGCAUUGCCCCUGCUUCUCACCCACGAGAUUCAGGGUGUGCUGGUUUAUUCGGUGCUUUUCUCUCGAAGUGGGGAAGAUCCAGGUCUGGCCUUUCCAGGAUGCGUCUUACAAGUGUUCCCAUGUGGCCUUACCCAAGUAUUGUGGAUUAUUUGGUAAUUAACUUACGGAUUUAAAAUACUGCAGUAUUUCCCCUUUUUGUUAUGAGAAAGAGGCUGGGUCAGGGUUGGUGGAGGGAGAGGAGACAAAUUAGAGGAGAAUUUCAACUUAUGAUGUAAAAUGGCCAUUUCCCCCCCUCAAUUAAAAAAAAAAUUGAUGUGAGAAGUGUGCAUAUCACCUGAAGCAUGGCUUGGAGAAGGGAUCUGGUUUGAGAACUACAGACACCAACCCUGCCUGACUAGAGUAGAAGAGAGAUUUGUUGGUGGACAUCACUCAGGUCUGGGGAUGGCUAGGAAGACGGGAGAAACAGGCUUGAAAACAGGAGGGACCAGGGGGGAUGCUGCUAACCAGUUAUCUCUAAUUGUUCUGCAUCAUUACUACAAAAGCCUAGGCCUGAUUGGCUCAGUCCAGGUCUCCUUGCCAGGGACAAAGCCCCCAUCCUCAGUAGUGGAAGUCGGGUACUGCCUCCCUUCAAGACUCAAGGGAUAUGGAAUUUCCCCAAAUGGGUUCAGCCGCUUUGCUGCAUAAAACCCCUGAUGAAUGUCGAGUAAACUUGGACAUAUGAAAACAUUCAUUCAAAGACCCGGAAAGAACUUUCUUCCUCUUCCAAUUAUGUUAUCAAAAUUGAAUUUAUCUCUUCUUUGGAGACCCCACUGGAGCAACCAGAGUUGAGGAGGGCAGUUGGAAGGUAGAAGCUGAGUCAUGGGGGACCUGGAGACCUAUUAUGCAAGGAGGCUGCAGACCUGCAGGGGCAGCUUUGCUUGUGUUCUAGAGAUGCCAAUUUGGGGGUCGGCUGGGGUUGGGAGUGGAAAGUUAAGGGCUAGAGUGGUAUGAAACACAGGAUACACACUCCCCUCUAUUUGUGUAUCAGCCCUGUGGACACAGAAUCAAUGUUAGGUUCUCAAAUAUACAUGUGAAAAUCUGCCUUACUAUUUGUAGCUGCAAGGGCAGGGACAAGAACAUUGUUCAUGCAAAUGUUCAGUGUAUUUUUGGAAGCUGGGCACAUUAAUAGGCAUGUGUAUGUGUAUCUAAAGCCAACUGACCCCAAAGUGAGAAAUCUCUGCUUCUGGGCUUGCUUUCUGACGCAUAUUGUCACUAAGUGCAACUGGUUGGGAAUUUUAAAUGGUCGUAUUCAUACCAAAAGCAUUAGUUAUAACAGUCGCGCUAUUGAACACAGAACAAUGCUCACAUUGUGUCUUUUUAUAAAAAACAUAUGAGGCUCCUGCUGAGGCAGUUGUGGGUUCUAACAUUAUGCUUUGCUUCUCUGCUUUGAACGCGGUGGGCGGGGCCUCCGCUCCAAGGUUCUCGGCCGACCGGGCCAGCUGACGUCUAGAUGGAAUCUACUUAUUUCUACCUUUUGCCCUGUACAGUCCGCAUUACAUUCUCCCAUUGUGAUAUUCUUAGAAACACAUUUAAUGUCGUCCAUUAGGCCAGUGGAAAUUGUGUAUUUCAGACAAAGCACUCCCAAAGCGGGAUGGACAUGGGAAGCAGUGUCUGCCACUGUCCGGUUAAACUGCAUUUUGGUUUUUUGCUGUUUUUUUCCCCCAUGGGGAAAUAUGAGGCUUCUGUGCUUGUCUCUACCAGAUAGAGAGAGCUCACAGAAUUGGGCCACACCUACUCCGCCCGUCCUUCCAUUUUGCCUCCUUCUCCUUCCUGCCCCAGUUCAUCUCCCUUCCACACCCCGUUAUUCCUUCAUAGGGCAAGAAUGCGCUCUCCACAGGUGUUCGGUAUUGCCACCAGAGACUAAGACUUUCGCGUGGGAGGAGGGAGGGAGGACAGUACUAGAACCCCGGUGAAUUCCACUCUCCCGGACACUGCCAGCAGAGGGCGCUGUUUCCCUUAUGAUGAAAACUACCUACGUUUUACCACCCGCAGCCUCCCCAGCUACCAGGCCCUCUGAGCUAGUCAUAGGGACUGUGCCUUGUCCUGAGCAGUGCCCCUGUUGAGCCUGAAGGCUGGAUGGGGCUGAUCCUUUUCGCUUCUGUCGGAAAGAAAUUCUGGUCAACCAGCUAAGGGAAGGUUGGCUCACUUUCCUUUGCUAGGCCUUCGUUCGAUAAUUGUUGUUAAUGCGGAGUGGGGACGGGGAAGCUGGGGGUGUUGAUCUCGAGUAUCAGUAUCAAA